UGUUUCAGUGAACACAGCAUCUCAACUGGUCGCCAGCCCUAGUUUAAGGUGCUGGCUUUUGCUGGGAGACGCUUCAAUGGAUGAAGCGCCAUGGCCAUGAGGUAAAAGAAUAUUCAAAACCCCACCCACUCGCAUCUGCUAUUUUCCCUGGAAGGGAGCCUCUCAGUAUGCCGUUCAUAUCCAAAAUACAGCGGCAGUCUGACUACAGCCGCUUCUCUUCAACCCAUCCAAUUGUUAUCGACAAUGGGGGAUCGUAUUUUCGCAUUGGAUGGGCUGGAGAGAGCGAUCCUCGAGUUAUUUUCCGAAAUAUUAUUCAAAGACCUCGCCAUAAGAUUAGUGGUGAAACAAUAACAGUAGUAGGGGACCAUGAUCCUGCUUUGAUGAAAUACUUUGACUGUACUAGGUCAGGACCCCGCUCGGCUUUCGACAGCAAUGUUGUUUAUCAAUUUGAAAUCAUGGAAUACAUUCUCGACUUUGGCUUUGAUCGAUUAGGUGCAGAUCAACCACAGAUUAACCAUCCCGUCUUGGUUACUGAAUGUCCUUGCAACCCAAUCCAGUCUCGCAGUAAAAUGGCAGAACUUCUUUUUGAGUCGUAUGGAGUUCCAUCAGUAGCAUUUGGUGUUGAUGCGGCAUUUAGCUACAAAUACAAUCAACAUCUUGGGAUUUGCAGUAAUGAUGGCCUUGCUAUCUGCUCAGGAUUCAAUACCAGCCAUGCUAUCCCGUUUUUGAAUGGGGAACCUGUGUAUGAAGCUUGCUGCAGGACCAAUGUUGGAGGAUAUCACAUCACUGAUUAUCUAAAGCAGCUUCUUUCACUUAAAUACCCUCAUCAUAUGUCUAAACUUACCUGGGAGAAAGUUGAAGAACUAAAGAUGGAGCACUGUUAUAUUGCACCGGAUUAUUUGUCUGAAGUUCGCCUGUUUCAGAAAGGGGGCGAGAAAGCUGAAGAGAAGACGCGAUGUUGGCAGCUUCCUUGGACACCAGCUCCAGUAGAGGAGGCUCCCUCCGAGGAAGAAAUUGCUAGAAAGGCUGCUUUAAGAGAGAAGCAAGGUCAAAGAUUAAGGGAGAUGGCUGAAGCUAAAAGAUUUAACAGAAUUAAUGAUCUUGAAAAUGAAAUAGGAGAGUUAGAGAUGCUGUUGCAGAGGCUUAGUCAUGCAACUGAAGAUGAUGUUCCCUCAAUCCUUGCAAGGACUGUGUAUGCCUCAAAAAAGGAUUUAGAAUCCGCCCUAGCGAAAGCAGCAUUAUCUCUGCGGAAAGCUAAGGGAGAACCCAUUGAAGUUGUUGAGAAGAUGGAUGUUUCAUUGAGUGAGAAGUACAAUCUGAUUAAUGUACCUGAUGACAUGCUUACGCCAGAGCAGCUUAAACAAAAGAAGAAACAGAUAUUUAUCAAAUCCACGUCUGAGGCUCGGCUACAGAAAAAACAGAAACAGGCUGAGGAGGAAAUAGAACGGGAAAGAAAGAGAAAGCUCGAGGAAGAAAGGCGCUUAGAGAAUCCCGAGCGUUAUUUGGAGGAGAUGCGUGCAAAGCACAGAGAUCUUUCCGAUAAAAUAGAGCAGCGAAAGAGAUUAAAGACAAAUGGUGGGCAUAACAAUGGAUAUCAUAAUGCAUCCGGAGGAGGUGUUGGUCGUGGGGAAAGAUUGAACUCUUCCCAGAGAGAGAGGAUGCGGCUCUUGACGACAGCAGCCUUUGACCGAGGGAAGGGAGAGGACACUUUCGGCGCUAAAGAUGAAGAUUGGCAGCUCUACAAGCUGAUGAGUCGCGACAAUGACGAUGAUGAAGAUGAUAAGCCAGAUCCAGAUGAGGCUGAGUUAGCGCGCAUCUCCUCUAGGCUGCAGGAAAUUGACCCUACAUUUAUUUUCAAAGCUGAAGCAGGGUCAUCUUCAGCAGAAGCACCUCGUUUCCGUCCCCUGACAAAGGAAGACUUUCAAAUAAUACUUGGAGUUGAAAGAUUCCGGUGCACGGAAGUGCUGUUUAACCCAAACUUGAUUGGCAUUGAGCAGGCGGGGGUGGACGAGAUGGCUGGCAUCUCUAUCCGGAGGCUACCGGCUAAAUAUCAAGGGCAAGGAGUAGAAGAGAGAAUUACGAGUUCAAUCCUGGUGACGGGCGGGAGCAGUGUUUUCCCAGGCAUGCAAAGACGGCUGGAAGCUGGAAUUCGCGCCAUUCGACCGUGCGGGGCGCCUAUAAAGAUAUUCCAAGCCUCGGAUCCGAUAUUGGAUGCUUGGCGAGGGGCGUCUGUAUAUGCAGCUGCGGCACAGUUUGAGCGGCAGACGUUCAGUAGGAUGGAUUAUUAUGAGAAGGGCGAAGAUCUCCUCAGGAAUUACCAACUCGCCUACACAAUUAUUUGAUUUGAUUCACCACAUUUAGAUUGAUCCUUAUGUUGCUGGUAUGUACCUGCUAUUGUUAUAUUUAUUGCUAUUAUUCCUAAUAUAUAUAGACAUACUAGGAGGUUACUUGUAAAAUCUUUAUUUAUGUCAAACCAGUAAGUUAGGUUGAUCACAAUUUACUACGAUCCAUCUAUUGCUAGUAUUUAGUUAUGUUUUUUCGUUAAGAUAAUGUAGCAGACUAUUAUAUAUUUUUCAUCGUUUGCUUAAUUUAAUGUUUGGCUAA